UUGUUCAACGUUUGCAUUAGGAUCACGGCCAAUUUUAAAUAUUUUCGUGACUUCAGAGCGGAUAAAGAAGUGAAUGCAGAAGCUUUGUUGUGGUUUGAGUCAUUCAACUCUGCUUGACAUUGAAUUAUACGGAGGUCAAGGCUCGGAGAAAAAAGGAAAGACAACUUUGACCAUUUGGUGGUGAAAUAAUUAGAAUUUUGAUUUUGAGUUCACGAAUGGAAUUUUUCGCGCGGCGAAGAUCGUGUCGGAGUAAUAGGAAAAUUGAGGAUCAAUCAUGAUGAUGACGAAAUCCCUCUUGGCAGUCCAGCUGCUCUGCAUAUUCACUGUGUUUGCAUACGGUGCUGAGCAGCCAUCAAGAAUAGUUUGUUACUUUAGCAAUUGGGCUAUUUACCGUCCUGGACUGGGAAGCUAUGGAAUUAAAGAUGUUCGUGGAGAUCUCUGUACUCACGUUAUCUACUCAUUCAUCGGAGUGAGCAAUGUCACGUGGGAGUAUCUAGUACUAGAUCCGGAAUUGGAUGUUGAGAAAAGUGGAUUCAAGGAGUUCGUCAAUUUAAAAAAUAAAUUUCCGGGAUUGAAAACCGAAGUGGCUGUUGGUGGAUGGGGAGAGGGUGGAAGAAAGUAUAGUGCACUUGUCGGUAACAAGCAGAGAAGAGAUACUUUCAUAAAGAGUGUUGUGGCUUUUAUGCACCAAUAUGGAUUUGACGGAUUUGACCUCGACUGGGAAUAUCCUGGUGCAACUGACAGAGGCGGUAAAUACUCAGACAGAAACAAUUUCUUCUACUUCGUUGAGGAGCUGCGACGUGCCUUCGACAGAGAGCAGAAGGGAUGGGAGAUUACCAUGGCUGUCCCAAUGGCCAAAUUCCGUCUCAACGAGGGCUACCACGUGCCAGAGCUCUGCCAGAAUGUCGAUGCUAUUCAUGUAAUGGCGUAUGAUUUAAGAGGCAAUUGGGCUGGAUUCGCUGAUGUGCACAGUCCUCUUUACAGGAGACCACAUGAUCAAUAUGCAUAUGAGGCUCUCAAUGUGAACGAUGGACUCAAACUUUGGGAAGAUUUUGGAUGCCCAGCCAACAAACUUAUCGUGGGAGUGCCAUUCUACGGAAGAACAUUCACUCUCAGUGCCAGUAAUAAUAAUUACAAUUUAGGUACUUAUAUAAAUAAGGAGGCUGGUGGUGGUGCACCUGGAGAAUUUACCAGAGCUAAGGGAUUCCUUGCAUAUUACGAGAUUUGUGCAGUCAUCAAUGAUCCGCACAGUGGAUGGACCAGAAAAUAUGAUGAUGUCGGGAAAGUACCGUAUGCCUACAAAGGAACUCAAUGGGUUGGAUACGAAGACCCGGACAGUCUCCAAAUAAAAAUGGAUUGGAUAAAAUCAAAGGGUUACGCAGGGGCUAUGAGCUGGGCUAUUGACAUGGACGACUUUCACGGAAUCUGCGGAGAGAAGGACGUUUUGACCAAAGUUCUUCAUAAAAAUAUGAAAGAUUACAGGGUGCCAGAGCCAAAACGGAAUAAUAAGCCCAGGCCAGAGUGGGAUAGGCCCCCAAGUACGACUCCAAGCUUCCAGGAUAGGCCCACGCCUCCGAAGAAGGAGACUGAAGAGACAACUAGACCGAGCUAUCACCCGAAACCUCAACCCACUCGACCAGCUGGACCUGUGAAGCCACCAGUUACUCCAGAUAUCGAUGAGGGUGACAACGAGAUCCAGUGCAGUGGACAGGACUUUAUGGCAGGAAGAGACUGCGCCUCGUAUUAUCGUUGUGUCUACGGAAAACCAUUGAAAUUCCAGUGCGCGUCGGGUCUUAUCUUCAACCCUGACAAAUUCGUCUGUGACUGGCCAGCGAACGUAGACCGCACGCAGUGCCAUGAAUCACAUUAUUAUUCGUUAAUAGCAAAAUAGACUAAGAGACGUGAAAAGCAGAUACUCAAUAUAUUGUCAUUAGAAUGAUAAGAAAAUAAAAUAGAAUUAUAUUUCA